UCAAGUCCUUGCAAAGCCCCAUUUGUCCACUAUCCAAGCGCUUCAAAGCGCAUUUGGAUGGGUUUAUUUCUACAGGAGUCCUUGAAGCAACGUGUCUGAAAGCUCUGCUUCCUGUCAUGAGCUGACCAUGGUCAAAGGCAGUGCCAUUUGGAGUUCAGCAAUGAGCUUUCAGAAAGCAUCUCACGAGUCCCCUGUAGGGGGGCUCCUUUUUCUCCAGAGCCUGGCUGCAGACAGAAAGGUGUCACCUUUCAAAAAACCGGCAGGCCCGGUGGUGGAGGACGCGUCCUCUCAUGGGUAUAAGCUGCUGGAUUUUGCACUUAAAUGUGAUCUUACUGGUGUGGAAAAGGAACUUGCUGCCGCAAGUCUAGAGGACGUCAACUAUAUAGGAACAAGGCUGCUGAAGGUGCGGACUUGGGAAGUUGUGUUGAAUGCACAAGGGCCCGUAAGAGUUGCGUAUGAUUACACAGAGUACAAAACGGACAGCACUCCGCUGUUUGCGGCUGCACAUUUGGGGAAUGGGGAGAUGGUGGAAAAGCUGGUGGCUGCCGGCGCUGAUGCGAACGCACGGGUCUUUCGAGGCUACCCUAGCACUGCUGCGGCCCAGGAGGGACACGCAGCGGCCCUGCAAGUGCUGAUCAGCAAAGGAAAGCUUAGUGUGGAAGCAAUUGAAGAGGCGUUGCUGGAGGCAGCUCUCCACAACCGGCCGGAUGCGCUGAAACUGCUCCUGGAUUGCCAUGUGGCAAGGGAUCCCACCCUCCAGCAAGCGUUGGUCCAGGCCAGCUCCCGUGGUCACCUAGAGAUCGUCCAACAUCUGAUCGAGGCCGGCAUCGAUGUGAAUUGCUCCCGCCGCAUCCUGGUCCAAUGUGCGCAGCCCCCCCUCCACCUCAACGCCACGUGUACGCCCCUGAUCGCGGCGGUAGUCUCAUGUCAAAAGCCGAUUGUAGACGCUUUACUGCUGGCUGGUGCGUCGCUCAGCCCCAGAGCCUCGCUGGGUGCCUGGGCGUGGGACCAAAGCGAAGCGGAGGAGCUCAAAGUCGGGGCGGGGUUGGGAGAACCGUACGGUGCAGCCUGGGCCGCCGUCGAGUUCUGCCGGGGGCCCCUCGGGGGUGAGAUCCUCGAGGCGCUGAUGCGCCACGCUGACGUCAGCGAGGAGAUUGCGGGGCGGACGCUGCUCUACCAUGCCGUCCUGUGCGGGAACGCCCCAGCGGUCUCCAUUCUGCUGCAACUCGGCGCAAGCCCUGAGCAAAGCAUCCCAUCAUCUUCCAAGAAACAGAGCUUCCAGCCAAUAUACCUCGCCGCGCGCCUGGGCGAUCUAGCCAUUCUGAACACGCUCCUCGCGGGGGGGUGCGAUCUUAACUGCCGGAACGACUCGGACAAGACCCCCGCAAUGACUGCGGCCGAAAACGGACAGAUGGCAGCCCUGGGGGCGCUCAUCGUGUCCGGCGCGGAUUUGGGGUUAGUGGACGGGUCAAAGAGGAGUUUGCUAACCAUUGCUGACGAAAGCGGGCACGGGGAGAGCGUCCGAGAAACGGUCCGAGGGGCGCUCAUCGCCGGACGGUAUCUCUCGAGCGAUCCGACAGUUUUUCACCCGCUGUUGUUCGCCGCUACGGAGGGCGACGUGUACCUUAUCCGAAAACUGCUCAAACUAGACGCGGGGGACGUCGUCGUCCCCCCGGAGAAACUAGCGAAAGGGCCCGGAGAGGAGAGAGACCCAACGGACGGCGCCCACGUGGCGGACAGCGAUUCGCACAGCCCAACCAGCACACUACAGACCGCCGACUCACCGAGCACGCACAGAACACCGUUCCCCCCCACCGCACAGGCCCCACUGACCCCACAGGACUGCCCCCCCGUAGAGAUAGAAGCCCGAGACAGCGACGGAAACACGGCCCUCAUUCUUUGCGCCCAGCGAGGCCAUCUCGGAGCGUUCGAAGUGCUCCUCCGCGCGGGGGCGUCCCUGGGGGCCUUGAACGCGCAUGGGGACACGGCGCUGACGUCAGCGGAGCGGAACGGGUCGCUGGCGGAGGCGGCUGACGUUAUCCUGGAGGCCCUGCGCGAUGGUGCGGUCGCGGUGACGUCGUCGUCCCCCGGGUUCUUCCCGCUGCACUUCGCGUCGACGUGGCAGGACGAGCGCGCGAUGGCGGCGGUUUUGAAGGCGAGCCCGGCCCACGUGGACGAGCUGGACAAUGAGGGGCUGACACCUGUCAUGAUCUGCGCGCAACAGGGAUUUGUCGAGGGGGUUAGGCUGCUUUUGGAGGCGGGAGCGCACGCAGAGAAGCGGGGGCCACGUGGCCUGACUGCGCUGCAAUUGGCGCGAGAACAGGGGCCCAAAGUGAGCGCAGCGGUGGAGAAGGCGCUGUUCGAUCACCUGGCGAGGAAGCUGGUGUUGACGGGCGCACCAGUGUUGAAGCACACACGGGAGGGGCGCGGAAAGCCGCACGAAAAGGUGCCGUGCAUGAGAAAUGGCGUCUUUUACUGGGGCGAGAAGGGUGGCCGGAAACUGGGCGAUGUUGUGGCUGAACUGGGCGGUGGGCCAGUUCUCAGGAAGAACCGGCCCAAGGAGUCUAGCGGGCUUUUGGCGAGAACGUUCAGUGUGGAGGCCCGUGCGGGGCGCACCGUGUACUUCACGGCAAGCUCACAAGAUGAGGCGGAGAUGUGGGUGCAUGGUAUCAAUAUGGUGGCCCAAGAGGCGGCGCAAGGAGGCAAGAGUGGUUGAUAUGGUCUUCGCUAAGAUCUUUUGCACAUAUAGAAGUUAAAGAUACUCUUCCAAUGGCGAGGAAGUGGAGUUUGUACAGCGAUUGUGGAAGCACCGAGGUCAGGACAGUGAGAAUCCUCUCGAGCCAAAAUUUGCACAUGUGCCUGGCAUGCCAUGAUGGCCUUAUAAGCGGAGCCUAUGAGCUUCAUGGUCCCCGACGAUCAUGCUUGUUGGGCAGCGGGCGGAGUCCGUCG